GUAAGGCUGCCGUGCCAGGCUUGCCAGCCAGGCAGGCGCAUGGGUGACACCUGCGAGUCCCGCGGAGGCGACAGCUGACGGGACAACCCGUCGGAGCCUGCGCUCGCUGCCUGGGCCUCCCGGGCUCGGAGUGGGCGCCGGGGUGGCAAAGCCGGCUUCAGUCCUGCGGAGCCUGGGCUUCAGGCUUUCGCUGGCCCUGGGAUUGCCCAUAAGGAUGAGUGAAGCUCCCCUGGCCUGUGGCACUUGGCGGCGGCGGUCAUCUCACUAGGCCCUGCAGCGGUGACAGGAGGAUGCACCUGUCGGCGGUGUUCAAUGCCCUGCUGGUAUCGGUGCUGGCGGCCGUCCUGUGGAAGCACGUGCGGCUGCGCGAGCAUGCGGCCACUCUGGAGGAGGAGCUGGCCCUCGGCCAGCAGGCCCCAGAGCCGGCCCCGGCGCUGAGGAUCGACUACCCAAAGGCCCUGCAGAUUCUGAUGGAGGGCGGCACCCACAUGGUGUGCACGGGCCGCACGCACACCGACCGCAUCUGCCGCUUCCAGUGGCUCUGCUACUCCAACGAGGCCGAGGAGUUCAUCUUCUUCCACGGCAACACCUCUGCGAUGCUGCCCAACCUGGGCUCACGGCGCUUCCAGCCGGCCCUGCUUGACCUGUCCACCGUGGAGGACCACAACACCCAGUACUUCAACUUCGUGGAGCUGCCCGCCGCGGCCCUGCGCUUCAUGCCCAAGCCGGUGUUCGUGCCCGACGUGGCGCUCAUCGCCAACCGCUUCAACCCCGACAACCUCAUGCACGUCUUCCACGACGACCUGCUGCCGCUGUUCUACACGCUGCGGCAGUUCCCCGGCCUGGCCCACGAGGCCCGGCUCUUCUUCAUGGAGGGCUGGGGCGAGGGCGCGCACUUUGACCUCUACAAACUCCUCAGCCCCAAGCAGCCGCUGCUGCGGGCACAGCUGAAGGCCCUGGGGCGGCUGCUCUGCUUCUCCCACGCCUUCGUGGGCCUCUCCAAGGUCACCACCUGGUACCAGUACGGUUUCGUCCAGCCCCAGGGCCCCAAAGCCAACAUCCUCGUGUCAGGCAACGAGAUCCGGCAGUUUGCACGGUUCAUGACGGAGAAGCUGAACGUGAGCCACACGGGGCCGCCGUUGGGCGAGGAGUACAUCCUGGUCUUCAGCCGCACCCACAACAGACUCAUCCUGAAUGAGGCAGAGCUGCUGCUGGCGCUGGCCCAGGAGUUCCAGAUGAAGACGGUGACGGUGUCCCUGGAGGACCACGCCUUCGCCGACGUCGUGCGGCUGGUCAGCAACGCCUCCAUGCUGGUCAGUGUGCAUGGGGCCCAGCUGGUCACCACCCUCUUCCUGCCCCGUGGGGCCACCGUGGUGGAGCUCUUCCCAUACGCCGUCAACCCCGACCACUACACGCCCUAUAAGACACUGGCCCUGCUGCCCGGCAUGGACCUGCAGUAUGUCGCAUGGCGGAACAUGAUGCUGGAGAACACGGUCACGCACCCCGAGCGGCCCUGGGACCAGGGAGGCAUCGCCCACCUGGACCGGGCCGAGCAGGCCCGUAUCCUGCAAAGCCGCGAGGUCCCACGGCAUCUCUGUUGCCGGAACCCCGAGUGGCUCUUCCGGAUCUAUCAGGACACCAAGGUGGACAUCCCGUCCCUCAUCCAGACCAUACGGCGCGUGGUGAAGGGCCGACCGGGGCCACGGAAGCAGAAGUGGACAGUCAGCCUGUACCCCGGCAAGGUACGGGAGGCGCGGUGCCAGGCGUCAGUGCAGGGUGCCUCCGAGGCCCGGCUCACCGUGUCCUGGCAGAUCCCUUGGAACCUCAAGUACCUGAAGGUGAGGGAGGUGAAGUACGAGGUGUGGCUGCAGGAGCAGGGCGAGAACACCUACGUGCCUUACAUCCUGGCCCUGCAGAACCACACCUUCACGGAGAACAUCAAGCCCUUCACCACCUACCUGGUGUGGGUCCGCUGCAUCUUCAACAAGGUCCUCCUGGGGCCCUUUGCAGACGUACUCGUGUGCAGCACGUAGCGGGCGGCCCCGGCCUGCGCCUCCUGCGGCCGUGACUUCUGGGAAUUAUUUGGUUAUUUAUUGAGUGAGCCUGCUCGGGGCCAGUGCCUCCGCGUCGUCUUACUGCGUCUGGGGGUGGUGUUCACAGGACCCGCCCCACCUCCUGGAGAAGUUCCUAGCAGGAAGGAGGUAGGUGGGAGGAGGAGGAGGAGGAGGAAGGUCAGUCAGUCCCAGGGCUCCUCUUCGGCUCCCUGAUUCCUGCUGCUUCCUGCUGAGUGCUCCUGGUCUGGAACCCCGUGGUGGGCCAUCUGGGUGGUACAUCGGCUUCCAUCACCCUGAAAUCCGCUUGUAGCCCAGUGGGAAGCGUGUCUGUGGGGGCAUUCAUUAAAUGGUGAUAAACA